CCAUUUUACUCGCCAUUGGUACCAAAAAACAUUCUAAGAAAUGGACCAAGAUUUGCUAUUUCCGAUCACUUACACCCAGCACAAAACCCUCACGAAAAUGUUCAGAAAACAUUCUUCCAAGUCCACGAAGGUUGUUCGGGUAUCGGUGACGGACCCCGACGCAACGGACUCUUCCAGCGACGACGAAGCCGAUUUCCAUUGUCGCCGGCAGAGAGUGAAACGAUAUAUCAACGAGAUCAGCAUCGAGUCCGCCGCUUCCAAGACUACCGUCCCCGGUAAUACCCGGAAAAGGAAAGCCGCCGUCUCGGAGCCCAACCGUAGACCACUCAAGCUUUCUUCAUCGAACGGGAACGGGAGGAAGUUCAGAGGUGUACGACAACGGCCGUGGGGAAAAUGGGCGGCGGAGAUUCGAGACCCCGCUCGCCGCGUACGGCUGUGGUUGGGUACUUACAACACUGCUGAAGAAGCUGCCUUGGUUUACGAUAAUGCAGCAAUCAAGCUCCGAGGUCCCAACGCUUUAACAAACUUCAUCACCCCUCCGGCUGAAGAUAAUAUCGGAAAACCAGAAAACAUCGACAAGCCAUCGGUUUCCGGGUACCAAUCGGGAGACGAUUCACCUCGCAAUCUUUCGUCUCCCACUUCAGUCUUCGACUUCCAAACUCAAUCGAGCGAAGAAAAAACAACGGUCGAACCCGAGAGACCGGGCCAUGAGCUCCAAGAGGAAGAAAGUAAGCCGUCGCCGCAGGUUCAAGAACCGGCAACCAGUGAUUUUGGAGAUUAUUUGCCUCUCGAUUUCCCUUUCCUCGAUGAGUUCUUCAAUGAUCCGGUUCCGGAAUUGUCACUGUUUAACGAUAGUUCAACGAUUUUGUCAGAAAGUAAAGUGUUGGAUGACAUUUUACUCGGCACAUCUAUAGAGUUUGAGUGCUACUCAUCGCCUUUAUCUUCGUCGUCUAUUUCUCUAGGGGAUGAUCAAGUGGACGAUUAUUUUGAAGAAAUCGACGAUUUAUUGUUGUUGGACCCUCUUGUAUCGAGCGUUUAGUUUUCAUUUUGUUUUCCCCCGAUCUGUUUUCGUCGGUAAAUGGUUGCCGGCAGUUUUGGUUCGACGGCGACGACUAACGAGCUUUUUUAACGUUGUGAUACCUUUUUAUGUUUAUUUCCUCCGUUAAAAUAAACGGACAGUUGAG